GUCAACUGUCUGAUUGGACCAUAACAAACCAAUCCACCCACUUAUUUGUGCUUCUGAGAGUCAAGAAGGAGGUCGAAGUUUACCGAGUCUGCGCCUGGCUGUUAUCAACAAGACACGAGGCCGAAGACAUGUUAAAAUAAAUCGAACCACCGGAAUUUGCACGCGAUAGUUAAUGAACGGUUCUUGCGGAGAUUCGGUGCGAUUGCACGGUGGUUACAUGUGAUCGUAGCUAGUUUAUCUUGAUAGAAGCAAGUGAAGACAGUUAGCCAACCAUCAAACCCUAGCGGGGAAGUACCCCAGACAAGUAGCGGGCUGAAGGCAAGGGUUUCUUCGAUAAACACAAUCGUUUGACAAAGGAGCAGUAGGACAUCUUCUAGCCAGUCGCCUACCGUGUUCACAACACCGAUAUCUUGCUAUAUGCUCCUUUGUGCUUUAACGUGUCUUCUAGCGCUCGUUGUUGAAGCGUCUACCUACUACAGACUGUUUUGGUGCAGCGACGCCUGUAUGAGUGCCUGAAUAGCCACACACUAUAGCUGGCUGAUAUUACAUUGGAUCUAGCUCACAGCCGUGCAUCUACUGUCACAUUAUGUCGCUUUAACGUCAAAAUACUGAACUGCGGAGCUCGUUUAGUUGUCAACUCGGAAGCAGAGGUUCUUAGCCAGAUAUCUAACUGAACAGCUGACGAGUCGGUCGAGUGGAGCAACAUUUCCUCGCCUUGCUGUGUCAUGACAUUAAAGUGCAAGUCAAGUCAUUUCAGAGAGUACGCAAGAUAGGAACAUUUGGCAUAAGUAGAUAGGUGGGGACAGGAAUCCUACAUUAAAGUUGGCUACUGUCGACCGUAAGUUGAACCAAAGGACUUUUAUUUGUAGGUCGGUCUCGACAGCACAGAAUGAAGAAGUUCUCCCGUAUGUCGGAGAGCGGCGGUCCGGGAGGGGGGUCCGGGUCGGGCUCUGGAGUCGUUAGUAACUGCUUCGGGAAAGUGUUCGCCGUGGGCCGGUAUCAAGUCACGGUGGAAGAACUCAUAGCAGAAGGCGGUUUCUCUGUGGUGUUCCUGGCCCGGACACACAGUGGCAUGCGCUGCGCUCUCAAGAGGAUGUACGUCAACAACGUCCCUGACCUCAACAUCUACAAGAGAGAGAUCACUAUUAUGAAGGAGCUGUCUGGUCAUAGGAACAUAGUGAACUACCUGGACUCUACCAUCAACUCAGUAGGGGACAGUGUGUGGGAGGUGCUCAUUCUCAUGGAGUACUGUAAAGCUGGUCAGGUAGUGAAGCAGAUGAAUCAGCGUCUCCAUAUAGGGUUUACGGAGCCGGAGGUGUUGACCAUCUUCACUGAUACCUGUGAGGCUGUGGCCAGGCUGCAUCAGUGUAGAACCCCUGUCAUACACAGGGACCUGAAGGUAGAGAACAUCCUCCUGAGUGAUAAUGGGAGUUAUGUUCUGUGUGAUUUUGGAAGUGCUUCUCUCAAAGUGCUGCUUCCACAUAAAGACGGAGUGACCGCUGUGGAGGACGAAAUCAGGAAGUACACGACCCUGUCUUAUCGAGCUCCAGAGAUGAUCAACGUGUACGCAGGGAAGGCCAUUACCACCAAGGCUGAUAUAUGGGCUCUUGGUUGCUUGUUGUACAAGCUGUGUUUCUUCUCGCUCCCGUUCGGGGAGAGUCAAGUCGCCAUAUGUGAUGGAACCUUUGUCGUUCCCGACAAUUCAAAAUUCUCCUUCAAGCUGCACUGCUUAAUCAGAUAUAUGCUUGAGCCUGACCAUGAGAAGAGACCAGAUAUCUAUCAAGUCUCCUACUUUGCCUUCAAGUUAUCUGGAAAGGAGUGUCCUGUGCCAAAUCUCUUUAACUCUCCUCUCCCCACGUCACUUCCUGAGCCACUCACAGCCAGCCAAUUCGCUGCCAGGAAGAGUAUGACGAAAGCCAGAAUCACAGAGUCCGUGGGCCCGACGGCAACUUCCAUCACUCCGAGACAGAGACCCAAAGCUACAAACAGUUAUGUGCUACCCAUUCCUGUAGCAACCGGCACCCCGGUCGCUGCCACGCCCAUCGGCACCCCUACAGCUGAGCCUUCUGUACCUGUCAGCAAUGGGCAGAAAGCGACAACCCCAGGGAAUGGGCAGCCGGUGGCUCCACAGACAGCCAACAGGGUCCUCCAGCAGCUGCAGCCUGGGGACCUGCGUCUGCAACAACAAGAUCCACUUCACCCUGUCCAUCCACAGCAGCUCCAAUACCUUCAGUACCAGCAGGCCCUUCAGCAGUCGAUCCAGCUCCAACAGCUGCUCCAACAGCAGCAGCAGCAGCAGGCCCUGCUCCAACAACCGAUGAUGAUGCAGCCCAUGAAUCAGCAACAACAGACUCACUACGCAGCCAUGAUGCACCAGUACCAACGGGCUUUUGCACAGCAACAGCAUCAACACCCCACCCAGCAGCCCUAUCCUCUGGAGUGUCAGCUUCCCCCGGGCUCCUAUAACCCUACUGGGCCUGUGCCUGGGACUAUGUCCCCUGUGGAGCCUCCAUCCACUAACACCAGUAGAAGCCCUCUGGUGGACUUCAAGGUGACCACACCUCCUCCCCAGAGCCUGGUCACCCCCCAGAGCCUGGUCACCCCCCAGAGCCACCCUCCUGACAUGUCCCGAUGGAACCCCUUUGGAGAGGACAACUUCUCCAAACUGACGGAGGAGGAGCUGCUGGACCGAGAGUUCGACCUCCUCAGAGCAAGUAAACCUCUGGAGAGAACCAAUAGCCAGGAGGCAGACCGACCGCUGCAGCAAAUCACUCCUGAAGACCUGUUUGGCUCCUCCCCCUUCCUGUCUAGUGCAGGUUCUCGUGUGGCGGUGAUAACUGAUCAGCCUAUUGAAGAGCUCAGUAACCCAGUCGCUGCCCCUGUACCUGUUCCUGUGGGCCAGCCAACCCUUGAGGAAGUGAUGCAACCUCCGGUGGCAAAGGAGCACAAACCAAGUAGGAGGAGAAACUCUCCUAUUGGCGGUUCACAAACGACUCGCAAACCAGGUGGUGACGAAUCAGACAGUGACUUUGAGUCAGAUCCUCCUUCCCCUAAGAGCAGCGAGGAGGAAGACGACCCUGGGGACGACGAAGGUCUGAACAACGAGCACAGAGAGUUCUUCAACGAACUGGAAGAUUUGGAGGAAACGGAGAUGCUGGGACAUAGGCCUCUGCUGAUGGACUCAGAGGCUGAGGAAGAGUACGACAAACACAGCUCCGACUCAGACUAUGAACCCAGGAAGGUUAAGGAAGGACUUACUAGGAAGCUAAAAGGAGGAGUGGCUACUGCCACCCAUGAGGGAAGUCCGAGAUUGAAGUCAGAAGACACAUUAAUCACGAUUACGCCUCCCGAGUCACCUGGUGUGGUGGCUGUUAGAGCUUCCCCUGGUGUCGGUGGCAUAGUGGAUGUGUUUGGUGAGGAUGUGUUUGGUGCUGUGCCCUUCUUUCCUCCAGCGGCAGCUCCAACAGAAAGCGCAGACAUCUUCUCCGCGGCUCCCUUCAGACAGGUGAGCCAGGAGGCCAUAGUCAACCAGCCCAGGCAGGCCGUGGACGAGUUAGACGUCUUCACUAAGGCUCCGUUCAGCCGGAACCUCUCCAAAUCUGGCAAGACUGGAAGCAGCGACUUCUCUAUGGGUCGGACUCCGCCGGUGUCCCCUGAAAGCAUCGACCCGUUCGGCUUCUCUCCCUUCCAGCCCGGCCCCACGGGUCUGCCACCAACCACCUCCAGGAGUGCCGACGACAUCUUCCGUCCAGCCUUCGAGAAUUCUCUCAGCCCACAGCAGCAGAGGCUGAAGCAGCGUAGCCUCCAGAAGUUGUCCUCACGUCAGAGGAAGUUCUCUGGUGGCACCAGCGGUGGCAGCAAUGGCAAGCGUCACCACGGCACGCCCACUGGCGGUCGCAAGAACAACAAGCCCAGCUUCCGAACCCCCGAGCGCGUCCGCCGGCACAAGAAGGUCGGCCGGAGGGACUCUCAGAGCUCCAACGAGUUCCUCAGCACCUCAGACUCCAAGGAGAACAUUGGCGUCGGCGGCGUAACGAUAGCAGACACCGACAAAGACAAAGGGGCUUCCCUGCCUAGCCUUCCUCAUGAGGUCGACCCCUUUGGAGCCAAUCCCUUUGGUCCUCAGGAUGGCAGCCGACUUAACCAGUACCAAGGUCUUCUGGGGGACAGCAAGGCAGACAUGGGUUCGGCCAAUGGCAGGCCUCGGACUAGCUCCCUCCAUGAUGCGUUUGGGGAUGGGAACAUCAUGGAUGACUUUGGAGCGGUACCCUUCACAGAACUGGUGGAGCACCCUGGGCCUGAACAGCAGCCGUCACAGCCAGUAGAGCUGGAUCCUUUCGGGGCUGCACCGUUCCCCUCCAAACAGUGAAUGUCUUGCUAGUCUUCCCACCACACACACUGCUGCGUUACACCAAGCCUAUGGAGUCCCGGGGAGAUAUUCCCUUCCAAGGGAUGUCAACUAGCUUGGUGGUGUGGUAGUUGAUUCUAUUUCCAGCCAAAUUUAACCUCGAUCGGCAACUGCGCUAAUGUGUUUCCAAUGCCCCCCCCCCCCCCCCCCCCCCCCCCCCCCAAAGGAUAUUUUAAUACACGGAUACCUGGACUUUGGGAUUAACAAAACCAACAUAAACCUGUGGCUGAAUUUUAUUUCAGGUUCUGUAUGAAUUUCCUUCACCUGUACCUGUUAGUUGACAAGCCUUUUAUGCUGCGUCGCAAUACGUGUCUCUGAGACAUGGAGAUCGAUUUUUGGUUUCACUCAAGAUCAUCAUACUGUGUCAAACAACAAGAUUGCUCAGUUUUCAGAUCUCUUGAGUUGCUGCAAAAACAACACUUUUUGUUUUUUGUUUUUGUUUUUUGUAAAGAUUGUGGCCUCCAUGAUCUACCAAUAAGAUUUAAUUUAGCACCAUAAAGCCUUAUAAACAUUCUCUGCCUUGCUGCACAGUACCUCGGAAGCCAUUUCCUUAGCCAAAUGGUUAACAUUGCCUUUUGUGUCAACGGAGUGAUUCGUUUCAGAGCCUUUAUCACUUUGUCAUUUCACCCUUCUUAGACCCUUUCAUUUCUAUAUAUUAAAUAUAUAUAUAUAUAUUUUUUUUCUCCAUUUAGUCUACUUACAGUAGUAGAUAUCAGCUCAUUUAGUUUGUUGGGAUUUUUUCAUUGCAAUAUAUUCACUAGAAUGAAAGGGAUUCUUCGGGUUUGUUUCAUUUCUUUUUUAAGAUGACUUUUUUUUAAAUGAUUUAGUCUUUUUCAUUUUAGGUUUAUUUCCAGACUUUGAACUUGUCAAUAAGUACUGUUUUAAUGUGAUCUUUUACCUCAAAACAAUAAAAAAAUACAAAUCAUUAUCAUUUUUGAAUAACGGGAAAAACACAACCAAUUUUUCCUACAUGGCGAUAUUAAAUAUAAUAUAUCUGACUACUUCCACCUCUUGAGACAGUCUUCUGUCUUUGGUAACAUAAACCAUGCCAAAUCUCCUACCAUUUACUUGUAGUCUAAUUAGAAUCAUGUCAUGUGUCCAAAUUGUUUAAAUUAAUGCACUUUCAGUGUCGACUCUUCCAUUGGCUAGUAAUUAUGGCAAUUAUGAAUCUGAGGCUACAGAAAGGACAUGUCGCUGUCUGAUAACCCCGUAACACUAUUAUUAUUGUUUGUUUUUCAUUCUAUUGAAAGCAGUAACUCUCAAUCUACUCUGAACAUUUCAUGACUCGGAUCAAGAAGCUAUUCAAAAUGGCUUUAGAAGUUUAAUAAUUGUAUGUUCAUUAAGGGGGAAAAUAUGGAUUUACAUGUUUAGGAGAUGAGAUGAUUCUCAGACAGUGACGAUAUGUACCAACCUUUGACACAUUAACUUGGACUGAAAAAAGCUCGUAGCUGCCUUAUUCACCUAGCCUAUGGAACCCUGUGGUUUUAACAUUUUUAUGUUUCAUUUUUAUUUAAGGUUGAUCUUGUUUUUGUAUUUAUCAUGCUAUACUGCUGUCCAAUAAUGCAAUAAACGAGUUUGAUUAAA